GCAAUGGGAACAAGAGCGCUCACGAAAGCAAAUUCAUGUUCAUCAACCGACAUAUACGGAAAUUUCAAACACUGGAACGAUCUAUGGAGGGACAAUCAACACCAAAACUUUCGGACAAUUGUGGGGGUCAAACUCGAGGACGGGCAAAAAAGAGAAUAUCAUAUUUUGAAUCAGAAACCGAUGACGAAGAAUUUGAGGAAGAGUGUGUGUUAUUAUUUGAGCCUUCGGAAUUAUCAACAAUCCGAAAGAUGGUCACAGAAACUGAAAAAAUUUCAGAUGGCUGGGAAGCUAAGCUAUUGAAAUGGCAACAACACAGCCUUAAUCAAUUAGAUCAUGGAAUUCAGUACCCAUCAAAGCGGAACAUACACUGUAUUCUUGUUGCUUCUUCAAUCUUUUAUUUUAAAAAAGAAAACGAGCAGGUAUAUAAUGGCUUCCUAACAGCAGAUGAGAUUGCCGAUAUUCAAUCACGCGUAAUCUCAGAGUUCAAGAUGAUAGAAAUUCCAAAUGGAGUAAAGGAGUUUGUGCAAGAAAAUAAAAAGGAUUAUCAACAAGAUAGUCUGGAAGAGAAUGUGUACUGUUGGAUCCCUCAACAGACACGAAUGAGAUGUUUAAUAGAACAAUACAUUAUUUUAAUUAUACAACCACGUAUUCAUGAAGCAAACCAAUUAAUACCUGUUAUUUUUAGGAUUGAUGUGGCAUCUAAUGCAUCUAAAUUACGUCGAGGCCAUCAUAGUCGAAUACCAGAUUACAAGCUGAAUAAUAAAAAUGGAACUCGUUCAGCUGUAUUUGGUGAAGUAACCAGCCCAAAACGUCAAAAUGAAGAACCUAAAGUUUACUGGAACAUCUACCGUGGUGCUAUACAUGCGAAAGAUGCCAUAGAUUAUGAUAUUAAUCAGCAAAAUAUACAACCAGAUGAGGCGAAACGAAUCAUAAUAUUUGUCACG